GCGAAUAGUCGAAUAUCUCCAUAGCCGACCAAUUUCAGACACAAACCAAAACCUCAAAUGGCUCUCCUCUUCCCCUCUCUCCCUGCUUUCUUCCUCUCUAGCAAAAACCCUUCAACCAGUCCCCAAUCUCUCUCUUUCUCUCUAUCCUCACACCAUACGUCUCUCACUUUCAGAUUCCCAUCUCUUGUCGCUCGCUCCUCCUCAUCAUCGACCUCAAUACCCGACUCAGAUUCUGAUCCCGUCCCAUUAAGCGCGUCCGUCGAUACCCCCGCCACCGGUCCAAGCUUAACGGACGAGUGGGGUGAGAAAACCGAACCGGAAACAGAGCCUGCUACGAGGCUGACGGAUUCGGAUCCCCCAAAGGACGAUGACGAGUGGGAAGAAAGAGGAGAUGUUGCUGAGGAUUAUGUUAUAUCGGAUAACGGUAGUGCCGUUUACGAUAGGCUAGGAGAACUGAAGAGGUGCCUCGUGGAUACGGUUUAUGGGACGGAGCUCGGGUUUCGAGCCGGGGCGGAGGUUCGGGCGGAGGUGUCGGAGCUCGUGAGUCAGUUGGAGGCGGAGAACCCAACUCCGGCACCCAUGGAGGCGUCUGACCUUCUUGAUGGAAACUGGGUUUUGUUGUAUACUGCAUUUUCUGAGCUGUUGCCUCUUUUGGCGGUUGGCACAACACCUUUACUUAAAAUGAAAAAGAUAUGCCAGUCAAUCGACUCAAGAAGCCUCUCCAUUGUGAACUCCACUACAUUAUCUGGCCCUUUCACAACCUUCUCAUUCAGUGCAUCUGCAACAUUUGAAGUCCGAAGUCCUUCAAGAAUACUGGUUGAAUUUAAGGAAGGCACAUUUCAACCUCCCGAGAUAAGUUCGAGUAUAGAUCUUCCGGAGAAUAUUGAUAUCUUUGGGCAGAACAUCAAUUUGUCCCCAGCUCAGCAGUUGCUGAAUCCACUGAAGGAGGUGGGGGCAAAUAUUUCAAGGCUGAUUUCUGGACAACCUCCUCUGAAGCUUCCAAUCCCUGGGAACCGGAGCAGUUCCUGGCUUCUAACUACGUAUCUUGACAAGGAUUUUAGAAUAUCAAGAGGAGAUGGUGGUCUCUUUGUACUUGCCAAAGAAGGGAGUCCUCUUCUAGAUCAGUAAACCAGGUGGCGAAUUUCCAGAGUGUUCAAAGUUGAGGACGCCCACAAAAAAAUUGGUUAGCUACGACAUUUUAUAAUAUAUGUACAGAAUUAGGUCAAUGCGUUGUAUAUGAAUGAAUGAUCAUCUCCAUUUGUGGGAUCCAAUUAUCUCCAGUAGUAACUAUACAGAACCUUGUGUUUACAAUUAA